AUGUCUUACCCUAGACAAGCGGAGGGAUUCCAGGUGGAUAGCCCGGAUACCUACACUGAUUUCCACAAGCGAUUUUUUCAAUUGAAGCCGUUUGGAGAUUAUGAUGUGGACAUCAAAAUCGAAGCUUGCGGUGUCUGCGGAAGCGAUGUACACACUGUCAGCGGGGGUUGGGGCGAUCAGAAGUUCCCUCUUUGCGUCGGGCACGAGAUCGUCGGCCAUGCAAUCCGAAUCGGUCCCAAAGUAACCCUCAUCAAAGAAGGCCAACGCGUCGGCGUCGGCGCCCAGUCCUACUCCUGCGGCUCCUGCAAGCAAUGCCAGAACGAGAAUGAGACCUACUGCCCCCACCUGCAGAUCGACACUUACGGCGCCGAGUGGCCAGACACCGGUAUUAUCAGCCAGGGUGGGUACUCCUCGCACGUGCGCACCCACGAACACUGGGUGUUCCCCAUCCCCGAGGCGCUAUCCACCGCUGUUGUAGCGCCCAUGCUGUGUGCGGGGUUGACUGCCUACUCGCCGCUAGUGCGGAAUGGCGCUGGACCAGGUAAGAAGGUGGGUAUAGUGGGCUUGGGUGGCAUUGGACAUUUUGGAUUGAUGUUUGCGAAGGCGCUGGGGGCAGAGACGUGGGCGAUCUCGCGGUCUCGGGCUAAGGAGGCCGACGCGAGAGCGUUGGGUGCCGAUGGUUAUAUUGCGACGGCGGAGGAGGGAUGGGAGAAGGAGCAUCUGUGCUCGUUUGAUUUGAUUGUGAACUGUGCAAAUUCGUCGAAGGGAUUUGAUUUGGCGAAGUACCUGUCGAUGAUGGAUGUGCAUGGGCGCUGGAUUAGUGUAGGGAUGCCGGAGGAGGAGGGACAGGUGAUCAAGGCGCAGAAUCUGAUUGCGAAUGGAGUAUUAAUUGGGGCAAGUCACUUGGGGAGUCGACGCGAGAUGCUGGAGAUGCUGCAAUUAGCGGCAGAGAAAGGAUUGAAGGGGUGGGUGGAGGAGUUGCCAAUUGGGGAGGAGGGUCUGCGAGAAGCGAUGCAGAGGAUGAAGAAGGGCGAUGUGCGGUACCGCUUUACCAUGACCGGGUAUGAGAAGGUGUUUAAUUGAUCAGGAAGAAGCAAGAAUGUAUAUUGGACCAUAGAUUGGAGAUGUGAGUAUACUGGGCAUGAGAGUAUAUGUGCUUUCUUCCCAAGUCCUUCCGGG